AAAUAACAUGCGCAAAAUCCGAUACUACUCAGCAUCAGCAUGACAACCGGUGCGUAUACAAAUGGAUCGGCAACUCGAGAUUAGUCUGAGCGUAGCAUAUAUAAAAGCACGAACCGUACAAUACAGAAAGUUCGCUCGUAUCAUAACACACCCCUCGCAGCUGUGAUUGUCAACCUUGCCGUUUAAAUUUACUGCCACACGUAUGGCGUGGUGGUCCAGGACUAGUAUGGACUUCCUCUUCAUCCCGUUGCCCACACACAUAUUUCGUCAUACUAAUCAACAACACAUUACACAGAUAUUUCGUUUCGUUUUUGGACUUUCGGAUGCAACAGUUGGACCCACAAUCUUCGCAAUGGGCAACUCCCUCACAGAUCUCGUAAGAAACUUAAACGUAGCUGUAAGUCUCUUUCCUCUACUCCCACCUUCCUAUCACCUGACCCCUAGCCUUCAGGUCUCUACCUAAAGCAUGGGCUACUCCACGUGCUUCGAUGGGCCUGUGGUCGAAUUCCAAGACUACGGCAUUGGUAUCUCUGGCUCCUACGCAAUUUUGAACGCCGGAGGCCAGCCGCAUGCGUGUCAUGGAUGACGCGCGUAUACGCUUGGAGUUUUGAUUCUGAUAGACGAUUCUUGGGACUUGGCUAUAUUCAAGACGAUU